CUUCACUAGACCGCGCGCGUGUUUAAAAGGCCCACGUCCGGCCGUCAAUGGUCAGUAUUCAGCCGUCUGUGCUUUGAGAAACAUCUUUGGAAAGACGUUGGAAUUCAUCAGUCAAGGCAAAGCGGCCGAUAAAACAGUUCGCCAUGAAGGCAGUAGCAAUUCUUCCGGUUUUGGUUGCGAUGGCGGUCGCUGCUCCGCAGUAUGGACCUGCUCCACAGGCAGUAGAGCCAGCCCCUCAAGUCUCGGCUGAACAGUGGGCAUCACUUAACCCUUAUGGAAACAAUGUCAACGCUUACCCUGCUGAGGAAAGACCCCAAAUUGAAGAAAUCCAGCGACAAUGGGCUAAAUUCAUCGAGUACCUGCCUUGGCUGAAGGGACCUGCUGGUCCACCAGGCCCACCUGGUCUCCCUGGUGCAGGCGGAAGUUCUGGUGGUGGUUAUGGUGGCAGCUAUAGCCAACCUCAACAAACCACAGUAGUAGGACCUCCUGGCCCACCGGGCCCACCAGGACCUGCUGGACCUAAAGGCGAAACUGGAAAUGCUGGCAAUCCCGGAACUCCCGGCAACCCCGGACCACAAGGACCAGCUGGCCUCAAUGGCGCGCCUGGUGGACCUGGACCGGCUGGCGAACGUGGAUCAAACGGAGCCCCUGGUGCCCCAGGAGGACCUGGUUUCCCCGGAGCUAAGGGCGCUGCUGGUCUCAACGGAGCACCUGGCCUUAACGGAGCUCCUGGAGCCCCUGGCAAAGACGGUUUCAACGGAUCACCUGGAUUCCCAGGACCUAAAGGCGAACCUGGCGCUCCUGGUAUCACGUUGCCCUCCAACCAACCCGGACCUGCUGGUGCCCCUGGUGCCCCUGGUAAAGAUGGAGCUCCUGGCUUCCCAGGUGGCCCUGGACCCGCUGGACCCCAAGGACCUCAAGGACCAGUUGGACCUGCCGGUAGACCUGGCGGCAAUGGAUUCCCUGGAGGCCCUGGCCCUAAAGGAGAAGCUGGAACCCCUGGCUUCUCUGGAGCCCCUGGCAAGGAUGGUCUACCCGGCGCACCAAGCAGACAACCCGGCCCACCUGGCCCACAAGGACCUCAAGGACCACCUGGCUUUAACGGCGCUCCUGGCAAAGAUGGUUUCCCUGGCGGUCCCGGUGCUCCAGGCAAAGACGGACUCCCCGGUGGACCUGGCUUCCCAGGCGCACCCGGACAACCAGGCAAACCUGGAAAGGACGGUCUUAACGGAGGCCCAGGAGCCCCAGGUUUCCCUGGUGGCCCAGGACCUGUAGGACCUCAAGGUAAACCCGGUGCUCCUGGCGCCCCUGGCGGCCCUGGUGGCCCAGGACCAGCUGGACCUCAAGGAGGACCGGGACCACAAGGUAAACCAGGUGCACCGGGCUUCCCCGGCGGCCCUGGCCCAGCUGGACCUCAAGGAGGACCUGGACCCCAAGGAGGACCAGGACCUCAAGGACCAGCUGGCACAUCCGGUGCCCCAGGACCUGCUGGCCCAGCUGGCCCGGCCGGUGCUGCUGGUGCCGUGACCACCGUUCAAGCCCCAGCCUACCCAGUUGCAGUUGAGCAACCCGCUUACCAAGCCCCUGCCCAUCAGCCCGCUUACCAAGCACCGGCCCAACAGCAAUCUUGGUCCGCCCCAGUUCAGUCGUCGUGGUCGGCUCCCGCUCAGUCCUCAUUCCAGCCAUUGCAAUCCGCCUACGGACGAUAAACUGUCUCACUGAACUAACGGCUGAACGUCAGCGUUUGUACAUUCAAACGAACACCUCUUAAGAAGAAACUAUAUUGCUAAUAAUUCUACAUUCCUCACGUCAUAAAAUGAUCACUUCCAUUUUCAAAGUUAAUUGAUGUACACUGAAAAAUGUGAAGUGCUUUUUAAUAUACAAACAUGUACAACAUAA